AUGUCUAUGAAAUUUCAACAAUCGGUUCUGUUCAGUCGAUUUGCCAUUAUCUGUUUUUAUAUUCGGUUUAACAUCAUUUUACUUUAUUUCGUCUCUGCUCGAAUUCGUUUCGUUCUUUCUCCUUCGACUUUUAUAUUUUUCUUCCUUAUAAACAUUUUCUGUCUUCUUUUCCUUUUCUGUUGUUAUUUCCUUUAUAUCUUUCAUUUCUUUCUCGAAUUCUUUUUUCGUUAUCUCGUUCGUGCUGGUUUUAUUUAUGAUUUCAGUCAGUAUUUCUCCUCUUUUUCUCUUCCUAAUAUUCAUCUUGUUCUUUCUUUCUUAAUUUCUUUCUUUCUUUUGUUCAAUGCCUUUCGUUCGUUUGUUCUUUUCUUUUUCCUUUUUCUUUUUAGUACUUUUUUUUUCAUUCCCAUACACCCCCUGUCUCUCCCUACCUUCCUUCCUUGCUUUAUUUUUUCCUUAACAUCCGACUUUCUUUUGCUCAUUUCCUUUAAUUUUUUCUUUUUCCUUUUUAUUUCCUUGUUUCCUUCUUUCUUUCUUCCAUCCCUAUUUACCUCAGCAGAUUUCAGAUUUCUUUACUUUUUUCUAGUAUACUCUUUCUUUAUUUUUUCUUUCUUUUUUAAUUUUCCUUCUCUUUUCUGUUCAAUAUUUUGUCUUUCGUUAUUUUUAUUAUUUCUUUCUAUUUUUCUUUCAUUCUCAUCAUUCAAAGAUGCAGUCACUCUUUCUCUCAGACAUAACGCCGACAAUCUACCAAAGUCCGUUUCAUUUCUCUAUUAUAGAGCGCGGCAUAUUUUCCUUCCCUUAAUUCUUUUUAUUUUUCAUUUCCUUCUACGAAGAAGCUGGUUUCUUUCAAUCAUUCUGUCACUAUCUAUCUAUCUAUCUAUCUAUCUAUCUAUCUAUCUAUCUGUCAAUCCAUUUGCUUACUACUACCCAUCAAACCAUUCCUUCUUCCCUUUCUUUUCCAUAACCACUCUCUAUCUCAUGUUUAAAAUAGCCUGUUCAUUCGUCGCUUUUCUCAUUCUCCUCCUCCUCCCAUAUCUUAUUUCUUGCUUUUCCUCCCCCUGUCAACAAGCAGAAGAGCUACAGGCCAGACAAGCGGAAGAAUUGCAGGCCAGACAGGCAGAAGAGCUGCAGGCCAGACGAGCAGAAGAAUUGCAGGCCAGACAGGCAGAAGAGCUGCAGGCCAGACAAGCAGAAGAAUUGCAGGCCAGACAGGCAGAAGAAUUGCAGGCCAGACAGGCAGAAGAUUUUCAGGCCAGACAGGCAGAAGAGUUGCAGGCCAGACAGGCAGAAAAGUUGCAGGCCAAACAAGCAGAAGAGUUCCCCGGAAGGCAGAGAGAAGAGUCAGUCUCAGACGGCAGAGAGAAGAGUUCGGACCUUGGCGAGAAGAGUUGCAGGGCGGACGAAGAAGAAGUUACUUGCAGUUGCGCAUAG